UUUUUUUCACCUGCGGAAUAGGGAAAAUAAAUAAAUAAAUGAAUAACCUGAAAUUCCACCCUUAAAUUCCGCAAUCACGUAAAGCAAAUAAAAAUAAUAAAGAAACAAAGAAAAAUCUUGGAGCACUCCCCUGCACUAGUAAAGUGCUCAAUCAUGGCUUUUUUGCAUUGGAAAUUCUGCUAGCAAGUGGUUGGUGCUAGCUAGAUAUUCCUGCAUUCUUUCUUAGAGAGAGAGAGAGAGAGUCUAUGGAGUCCAUGGAGGGGGAAGGAAAUGGGGUUGAGGUAGUGGGAGAAAUGGUGGAGACGAUAGAGAAAGUGGGGAAGUAUACUGAUUUCAGAAGAACGCAGAGGAAAGAGUGUAUGAACUUGGUGAGAAGGCUGAAGCUGCUGACGCCGCUGCUCGAAGAGAUUAGGGAGCUUCAUACCUCUGUUUCAGCAGACGCAUUAAAUCACUUGGUUGAUUUGAACAAGGCCUUGUUGGCUUCAAAGAAGCUGCUCAAGACCUGCAACUCCGGCAGCAAGAUUUUUCUUGCCCUGGAGAGCGACGCUGUGAUGAGCAGAUUUCAUCAAGUCUACGACAAGAUUAACCAGGCGCUCAACGGCGUACCUUAUGAGAAGCUUGGCAUCUCAGAAGAGGUUAAAGAGCAGGUCGAGCUAAUGCAUAUGCAACUUAAGCGAGCUAAAAGGAGGACAGAAACACAGGAUAUGGAGCUGGCAAUGGACAUGAUGGUCGUUUUCACUAGAAACGACGAGCGAAAUGCAGAUGAUGCUAUAAUAGAAAAACUAGCAAAGAAGCUGGAGCUGCAUACCGCCGCAGAGCUCAAAGCAGAGAGUGUGGCCGUGAGGAAGCUCGUGAAGGCGAAGGGAAAGAAUGCCACUCAGCAAGUUGUGGAUCUUCUGGCAAAAUUCAAGCAAAUAUCUGGAGUUGAUGAAAAUAGUGUUCUUGAUGAGCCUGCAUUAGUUAGAUGCCUAGAAAAGAGCAAAUCUUUGUUAAUACCACAUGAAUUUCUCUGUCCAAUCAGCUUGGAAAUCAUGGCAGAUCCUGUUAUAAUUGCCACUGGACAGGUAAUCUUCAUGGUACAUUUCUUUGAAAGAAUUACCGAUGUUUUUGCUUCAUUUUCCUGCUGCCAAUUUGUGCAGACCUACGAACGAGACAGCAUACAGAAGUGGCUGAAUUCGGGCCACAGAACAUGCCCGAAGACGGGGCAGAAGUUGAAUCACUCGACGGUUGCUCCGAACUUUGCCCUCCGCAAUCUUAUCCAACAAUGGUGUGAGAAGAACAACUAUGACUUGCCCAAGAAGGAAGUUUGUGAUGACCCUGAUAUAGCGUCGUCUCCACUUGCCGAGGAGAUAUCUUCAUUGAUCCAGAGUCUGUAUUCGUCAUAUGUGGACGUGCAGAGACAUGCGAUUAUCAGGAUUCGCAUGCUGUCUAAAGAGUCUCCAGACAGUAGGAUCUUGAUUGCCAACAGUGGUGGGAUUCCCCCGUUGGUUUGUCUCUUAUCCUGCACGGAUUCUGAAACACAGCAACACAUCGUCACUGCUCUGUUGAACCUAUCACUGGAUGAGGCGAACAAACGGCUUAUAGCUAGAGAAGGAGCCAUACCUGCGAUUAUCCAAGUCUUGAGGAAUGGAACAGAAGAGGCUAAGGAGAAUUCUGCAGCGGCAUUGUUCAGUUUGUCAAUCCUUGAAGAGAACAAAGUUCUAGUCGGCUGCUCCAAUGGAAUCCCGCCUCUCGUAGAUCUCCUGCAAAAUGGGACGAACAGAGGGAAAAAGGAUGCUGCAACUGCACUUUUUAGCUUGGUGCUAAAUCAAGCUAAUAGAUCAAGAGCAGUCAAGGCAGGUUUAAUACCACCACUGCUGCAUCUGCUUGAAGACAAGACUUUGGAUAUGAUUGAUGAAGCCCUCUCGAUUUUACUUCUCAUCGCAUCACACACUGAAGGAAGAAACGAGAUUGGACGCCUGUCCUUUGUGCGGACGCUGGUAGAAAUAGUACGAGAUGGGACUCCAAAAAACAAGGAAUGUGCCACAGCUGUGAUACUCGAGCUAGGAUCAAACAACUCAUCUUGUCUGCUGGCAGCGCUGCAAUACGGUGUUUACGACUAUUUGAUAGAGAUUACAAGAUCUGGAACAACAAGAGCACAGAGAAAAGCCAAUUCACUGUUGCAUCUGAUGAAGAAGAAUGAGCACAUACCUCACAUUCCCAGGAAAUAGAGGUUCUUGUUAGUUUCAUCCCUGUCGCAAGUGCCUUAUUUUUUCGACACGAGCAUGUCCUCUGAAAAUGAAGUGUUGAUGAAUACAAGCAAAUAUUUUCAGGAGAAA